GUUUGUUUCUCCGCCUCCGUCACUUUCUGUCGUCUCCGCCGCCGAGCGAAAUAGAGAAAGACGGUGAGAUUCAAACAUUGUUCUUCCGAGAGAGAGAGAUGGUGUUUUCUCCGGUGGUAAACACGUACCCUUUGUCGAAUUACAGCUUCGGAACCAAGGAGCCGAAACUGGAGAAGGACACUUCCGUCGCCGAUCGACUCGCUCGUAUGAAAGUCAACUACAUGAAGGAGGGCAUGAGGACGAGCGUUGAAGGGAUUCUACUGGUACAAGAGCACAACCAUCCUCAUAUACUUCUCCUGCAAAUCGGUAACACAUUCUGUAAACUUCCCGGUGGACGAUUGAAGCCAGGAGAAAAUGAAAUCGAGGGCUUGAAAAGAAAGCUGACCAGUAAGCUUGGAGCUAACUCUCCCACUCUUGCGCCUGAUUGGAAGAUAGGUGAAUGUGUGGCGACAUGGUGGCGUCCAAAUUUUGAGACGAUGAUGUACCCUUAUUGUCCUCCUCACAUCACAAAACCGAAGGAAUGCAAGAGACUGUUCAUAGUUUACUUGUCUGAGAAAGAGUACUUUGCUGUGCCCAAAAACUUGAAACUCUUGGCCGUUCCGCUGUUCGAACUCUACGACAACAUUCAGAGAUAUGGACCGGUUAUUUCAACUAUUCCGCAGCAGCUAUCGAGAUUCCAUUUCAACAUGGUCAGUUCUUAAAGCUCCACAACCAUUUAGAGAACAAAACUCCUCGAGACUGUAAGGCUGCUUUUGAAUCUUGGAAUCAGGGGGUGGGCAUUUCGGUUUUCGCUUUGAUUCGGUUCGGUUUAAAUGUUAGAUUUGGUUCGUUUCAUUUUCGGUUUGGACUUGGUUUUUAAUUAUAGAAAUGCUUUUUUUUCUAUUUUCUAAAAAAUGUUUACAGGUUUAUCGGUUACUUUAUAUUCGAAU